AUGAGCACUAUUACCGGCGUCCCUGUGUCUCUCAAUGGUACUACUCCUGAAUCUAUCACUGCUCUCAAUGGUACUACUCCUGAAUCUAUCACUGCUCUCAAUGGUACUACUCCUGGAUCUAUCACUGCUCUCAAUGGUACUACUCCUGGAUCUAUCACUGCUCUCAAUGGUACAACUCCUGAAUCUAUCACUGCUCUCAAUGGUACUACUCCUGAAUCUAUCACUGCUCUCAAUGGUACUACUCCUGGAUCUAUCACUGCUCUCAAUGGUACAACUCCUGAAUCUAUCACUGCUCUCAAUGGUACAACUCCUGGAUCUAUCACUGCUCUCAAUGGUACAACUCCUGAAUCUAUCACUGCUCUCAAUGGUACAACUCCUGAAACUAUCACUGCUCUCAAUGGUACAACUCCUGAAUCUAUCACUGCUCUCAAUGGUACUACUCCUGGAUAUUUCACUGCUCUCAAUGGUACUACUCCUGGAUCUUUCACUGCUCUCAAUGGUACAACUCCUGAAUCUAUCACUGCUCUCAAUGGUACAACUCCUGAAUCUAUCACUGCUCUCAAUGGUACUACUCCUGGAUCUUUCACUGCUCUCAAUGGUACUACUCCUGGAUCUAUCACUGCUCUCAAUGGUACUACUCCUGGAUCUAUCACUGCUCUCAAUGGUACUACUCCUGGAUCUAUCACUGCUCUCAAUGGUACUACUCCUGGAUCUUUCACUGCUCUCAAUGGUACUACUCCUGGAUCUAUCACUGCUCUCAAUGGUACUACUCCUGGAUCUAUCACUGCUCUCAAUGGUACUACUCCUGGAUCUAUCACUGCUCUCAAUGGUACUACUCCUAGAUCUAUCACUGCUCUCAAUGUUACUACUCCUGGAUCUAUCACUGCUCUCAAUGUUACUACUCCUGGAUCUAUCACUGCUCUCAAUGUUCCUACUCCUGGAUCUAUCACUGCUCUCAAUGUUACUACUCCUAGAUCUAUCACUGCUCUCAAUGUUACUACUCCUAGAUCUAUCACUGCUCUCAAUGUUACUACUCCUGGAUCUAUCACUGCUCUCAAUGUUACUACUCCUAGAUCUAUCACUGCUCUCAAUGUUACUACUCCUGGAUCUAUCACUGCUCUCAAUGGUACUACUCCUGGAUCUAUCACUGCUCUCAAUGUUACUACUCCUGGAUCUAUCACUGCUCUCAAUGUUACUACUCCUGGAUCUAUCACUGCUCUCAAUGUUCCUACUCCUGGAUCUAUCACUGCUCUCAAUAGGAAGAUGAAAGAAAAGCGGAGAGUUGACAGAAAUAUAUUCGCUCCACACUUGCUAACGCUCUCUUUGUUUAUCUUCAGUCAGACCCCUUCUCCUGCCUGA